AACCGAUCGGAAUCUAGGCCCUGCUCUCCACUUCAGCUGUGAUAAUGGGCUCUUGAAAUAAAGAUGCAACUGUUCCCCUGCUCGCUCUGGAGAUCUUCCUUGACAGAGUCGCAUCAUUGAGUGUUACGCUGUACGCUUGUCUUGUAAGUCAAGCCUGCACAGAAAAACAGGUUGAGUCGUGCAACGCGACUCGACUUGUAACAUGGACCACAUACAGUACUGACUUGUUCUUCCAGCUAUCAAGGGCCAGAUCGUACCCAGGCAGUCACCCGACGGUCCCCUCGUCUCCUCCCGACGACAAGAUGUCCAUGUUUGGUCGGUUCCAAGAGAGCAAGAAACAAUGGCGUAACUGCAUAGUGGCCUGUUUCGCCAUCUAUGCUCUCGGUUUUCUAUUCUUCUCCUACAGCUUCCCGGCCUUUGGCGACUUUGCUCGACCCCACCAUCACCAUGCCGUCUCAGUCACGAAGCACUCAAAACAUGUCAAGCCAGACAACAUCACCGUCAGUGGACUGGUAUUCUACGGUCGACAAAGCCGAGUUGAGAUAAUGAAGUGCUACAUCGAGCGUAACCUGGUCGAAAACGGAGGAUGGCUCGAUGAAGUCCUCUGGGUCGUCAACACCGAGCAAAAAGGGGAUCUCCGAUAUCUCGAGGAGGUCCUAGCUUCCAACCCGAAGCGAUACAAGAAGAUUUAUUCCGACGAGAUUGCUGGAACAUACACAUACAAGAAUAUCUGGAAGAAAUUAGAACGUGGAAAGUAUUAUGUCAAGAUUGAUGACGACGUCGUGUGGAUUGAUGACGACGCUAUCCCCAGUCUUGUCACACGUAAAGUCCAAAACCCCAAGGACUUUGUUGUCUCUGGCAACAUUAUCAACAACCCCCCUCUUGGCUUCUUCCAUAUGCGCAUGGGUGCCAUUCAUCCAUACUUCCCAGAGGCCUUUGAGCCAUUCAGCGUCACAAACGCCACUGACUACUGGAGACCAUCACGACAUCCUUCAUGGGAUGGACCCAAGAAGUACAAGUGGGAACUCAAGAAUGAACCUCCUACCUGGCCUCAUCAUCGAUGGCUGCGAGUCCCCGACGAUUCGAUGCUUGAUCAGACUCCUGCCGCUGAACUCAAGUACGACAUUUGGGGCGAUAGCUAUCGUAACUGGGCUAUCGCUUCCCAAAUGCAUAUGUCUCUGUUUGAGAAUAUCGAGAAGAAGCAAUUAGACCUAUAUAAGUUCGAGAAAACUUGGACCAUGUAUGAGGAUCGAAUCCGAAUCAACUUCAUGUGCAUCUAUAGCGAUGACAUUCUCGACACUGAUCCCGAAAACUGGCCCCAAGGACGGGGUGACGAGGACAUGAUUGUUCUUGAUCUCCCCAAGAAGCUUCGACGCCCUGUUGUCAUCCAAGGCGACGCUUUAGCCGCUCACUACCAAUACAUGGACCAGAAGCAAUUGGAAUCAACCGAUAUCCUAAAACGAUACAAAUCCAUCGCAAAGGAUAAAUACUGCCUAAAUCUAGCUGCAGCUCAGGACGUUGCCGAGGCAGAUCUGAAACAAAGGUCGAUCCGAGGUCUCUUUUCCACCCCAAGUGGGUAUGAUGUUUGAUGUCUAUAAUACGGAGUUAUAUAUCCUGGGAUGGGAGCGUGUCGGUUAUUAUGCUAGAAAAUGCACCAGUCGUUUUUCACCGCUUCAUUUCAUGCCUUGUAGUUCGUCCACUCUCGUGAAACUUGUAGAUAUAACUUGGCUUGUGGGUUAUUUUAUCUCGGUUGUUUGUUACCGUUGAAGUUACAUGGCAUCAGAUGUUCCUAGUCUGCGAUGCGAUAGGGGCCCAGUGUUGUCGAGACCCUCUUUCGGGAGGAAUCGUACUAUCGCCACAGGACUAACCGUGACUUCUAUUAGGAUCUUAUUCAAUUAUCUGACGAAGAGGUCUUGAAGCGCCUCGGGAAGUAAGAAAACAUCAGACCUUG